AUGUUGUUGUUUCUGUUGUUUUCUGCUGACUUUUCUCGUAACUUUGCUGCAUUUUAUCUCGCAGGAAAAUCCACCCUGACUGAUUCUUUGGUGGCUGCUGCCGGGAUCAUAGCCCAGGAAACUGCCGGUGAUGUUCGGAUGACUGAUAUCCGUGCAGAUGAAGCUGAACGUGGUAUCACUAUCAAGUCCACUGGAAUUUCUCUGUACUAUGAGAUGACAGAUGAAGCUUUGGCUGCAUUCAAGGGAGAGCGUGCCGGCAAUGACUAUCUUAUCAACCUCAUCGAUUCUCCUGGACAUGUAGACUUCUCAUCAGAGGUUACUGCUGCCCUCCGUAUCACUGACGGGGCUGACUUUGUUUCGGUUUGGGGAAUUGAAGAAGUGAGGUGUCUAGCUAAUUGCCAUUGGGUUAAUGAAUAUGGAUUACUAGCUUUCGUCCCUCAGUGCAUCAGAAUGAAGAUCAGUGACAGUUUGAUUAAGCAUCGAAAUGUGGUGAAACUGUUAGGAUUGGAAACUGAAGUACCCUUAUUGGUUUAUGAAUUCGUCUCUAAUGGAAAUCUUUUCGAACACAUACACAAUAAUGGUGCGCGUUGGCUGUUAUGGGAAAACUGUCUGAGAAUUUCAACUGAGGCUGCUAAUGCAAUAGCUUAUCGUCACUCUGCAGCUUCAAUGCCCAUAAUCCACAAAGAUAGCAAAUCAUCCAACAUUCUCUUGGAUAAUAAUUUUACUGCAAAAAUAGCGAUUUUUGGAGUCUCAAGACUAGUUCCCAUUGAUCAAACUCAAGUUACAACCCUAGUUCAAGGGACUUUCGGGUACCAAGUGAUAGCAGGAGUCAUUGAACAAAGAAUUCUAGAUCCACUGCUUCAUGAUCGCAAGCUUUUAUUGAGUGUGGUCUUCUUUGCAGUUCGGACAGGGAACCCGUUUUUGGGUUCAUUGAUCACCAAAGCAUCAAGACCACAUGAAGCAGCAAAUCCCGAGCAACAGCAGGUCAAAGAUUAA